AGGUUUCCCAUGGCUUCUUUUCACAUCCGCCAGUUCCAGGAGAGGGACUACGAACAGGUCGUGGAUAUGUUCUCCAGGGGAAUGAAGGAGCACAUCCCCACUGCCUUCUGCCACUUGCUGCUGCUGCCCCGAACCCUCCUACUCUUACUUGGGGUGCCCCUUGCCCUGGUCCUGGUGUCUGGCUCCUGGCUGCUGGCUGUUGUAUGCAUCUUCUUUCUGCUCCCAUUUUUGUGGUUCCUUGCUGGACAGCCCUGGAAGAAUUAUGUGUCCAAAUGCUUACACACAGACAUGGCUGACAUCACCAAGUCUUAUCUGAGUGAUCGUGGCUCAGGUUUCUGGGUGGCUGAGUCUCGGGGGCAGAUAGUGGGCACAGUGGGUGCUCUGCCAGUCAAGGAUCCUCCAUCAGGGAGGAAGCAGCUGCAGCUCUUCCGCCUGUCUGUAUCCUCACAGCAUCGAGGACAGGGGAUAGCGAAAGCACUGGUCAGAACUGUGCUCCAGUUUGCACGGGACCAAGGCUACACUGAUGUUGUCCUUGAGACUGGCCUUUUGCAGCAAGGUGCUGUGACCCUCUACUACAGCAUGGGCUUCCAGAAGACAGGCGAAUCCUUCAUGGACAUACUCACAUGGUUUGUGGAUGUUUCUCUUAUUCAUUUCAUAUACCCGCUCCCUUCCGCCUGAGAACCUGAGUUUCGAUCUCUCUGUGUGUCUGUCAGCCUCUGGCUUACUGUGCUGUGGGAACAAAUAAUCCUGAUAUUGUAGUGGACAAA